AUGAAUUUUGUGAAGGUGUCCCUCGAUUCUUAUCCUGUGAAGUACUACAACCGGACGCAUAAAGUUACGAACACGCUGAGGCUAAAGGGGAUAGGGUUGUUAACCUGGCUGGAAGAGGACAUUAAGCAUUUCUUUAAGAAGUUGGACUUGACAUUUAUGGUUUAUUUGAUACACCAACAGAAUAUUGUCUACGUGGAGUUUUACAAAAAGAAGGACUGCUCCUAUGUCUUCAACCUCUUGAACCACAACCCUCCCAAAGGACAACAGGAACGUAAAACGAACAUCCAGGCGGAGUAUGUAAAUGUGCGGUAUGACAUUAAGGAGGAUUUUCCCACGGUCUAUUCGAGGGAUUUUUCUGGCCUGGUAAAAGGCAUUCCUACCAAGGAAGAUAUAACGGAGACCCACAAUGAGAGCGAAUUCAACAGUCCAGACGGAGGGGGCGAUGUUUCUAUCCAUAGGGACGCUAUCGGUGAAGAUUUCUCCGAAGAGGUAAUUCGGAUGUACGGGCAGGAACAGUGGCUGAAGUAUACGAAAAACGACGAGAUCAACGUGUGCCACUACUUCUGCCGGAGCACGCCGAACAAAAUCUACAAAUCCUACUGCAUCCCGGAUCCGCACCUGUUCUUCUCUCCGAAGUGUCUGGACCGCAUAGGGGUUCUUCUUGAUGGACGCCAACCGAACCAGAUUUCCAUUCUCAAAUGUCACGUGAAUAAGGCCGUCGAGUAUGUCAUCGAGUCGAGACAUAUUUUCCAGGACGAAAUAGCCUUCCUAGUUAUGAAGAACGACCUGCCUAUGUCUUUCCUGGACAUUCGAAAUGAAACCAAAACGAAUCUCAUUGUUGCGAAAAACACCCUCAUUAAGAUAAAGGGAAGAAGGAGAUACGAACUAAUUUUUGGAAUCCCUAAGAAGAAAACGAUUCCAUUGGAGGGAGAGACCAUGCGCCGAAAUGACAGCUACCUAAUUAUCUUCCGCUUCAUUGAUGAACCCAGCGUGAAGAAAAUGCUAACGCAGAAGCACAGAAACCAGAAGGUUAAGGAUGAACCACAGGAGAAAAGUUGUGUCUCGGUAGAUGUUGGAAAAUACGACUCCGACAACAUUGAGAGGACCUAUGUCCAGGAGGUGUAUAACAAAAUAGCUCAACAUUUUUGCUACACCAGAUACAAAUCUUGGAACAACGUAGAAAACAUUAUCAACGAGGAGCAGGAGGGAAACCUCAUCAUGGACGUUGGAUGUGGAAACGGAAAGAACGUACAGGUCUCAUCCAAGUACUUUUUCAUUGGUCUAGAUUUCAGUUGGCACCUUUUGAAGCUUGCUCAGAAAAAGUGGAAUUCCGAUUUGUUCCUGGCCAACUGUAUCAGCAUACCUCUUCGAUCAAACAUAGCCGACCUGUGCAUUUCCAUCGCGGUCAUCCAUCAUAUCGGCACACACGAAAAACGACGGAAUGCAGUGGCUGAGAUGGUCCGAUGUACGAAGGUUGGGGGAAGGGUUCUGAUAUACGUCUGGGCCUACGAGCAGAAGGCGAACGUCGUCGGAAACCGCAAGUUCGAUUCCCAGGACAUUUUUGUUCCCUGGUACCUUCAGCCGCAGCACACCUUGGAAGGCAGUGAAGACGGGAAAGAAGUAGAAUCACCCGAAAGGGAAGUUCUGCAUCCAGCCAAAAAAGAUCUGGAAAAGCUACAGAGAUACUAUCACGUCUUUAGGAAGGAGGAGCUCCAUGACUUGUGUUUAAGCAUCAGUGGGGUCCGCAUCGAAGAUUUCUUUUUUGACAAUAAUAAUUGGGCCAUCCUUCUAAGAAAAGUUGCUUGA